AUGCUCUCUCUUUGCACCACCGUCAGACGCAACCCGCUCCUGUUACGAAACCUCAUCACCGUCACGAUGGAGUCGACACGGAACAAUCCCGCCAGACGGCAUCCAGGCAGAGGCAAAGGCAGAGGCCGAGGAGGAAUGAUGUCCACGAAUGCAGCUCCCCGAACGGCUCCUGCGCCUCCACUCCGAGUGUCGACGCCUCCUCUCACAGCUCCCGUCCCCCUUGACACUCCUCGAUUCGCAGAUCUCGCAGAGGGAAAGCUCCUCCAUCCAAUCCUGCUGCAGACCAUCACCCAGGAUCUCAAGUUCGACCACAUGAUGCCCGUGCAGGCGGCGACCCUACACGAGCUACUUGCGAACAGAAUCGACUGUCUGGCGCAGGCCAAGACUGGCACAGGAAAGACUAUUGCCUUUCUCCUGCCUGCUAUCCAAACCCUGAUCAAUAAGAACCGCAAACCUGGCUCCGGCAUCUCCCUGCUGGUCAUCUCCCCGACCCGGGAGCUGGCCAUGCAGAUCGCCAAAGAAGCCACCGCCCUCCUCAAACGCCUCCCCCAAUACAAAGUCAGCUUCGCAAUUGGAGGAACCAAUAAGACCACGGAGGAGAAGAGCAUCCUGAGGGGCUGUGAUAUACUGAUCGCGACUCCAGGUCGUCUCUACGAUCAUCUGAGCGACGAACGCAUUGUAGAUGCCUUCAGCAACCUUGAUACCCUCGUCCUCGACGAAGCCGAUCGCCUUCUUGAUAUGGGAUUUAUGAACGACUUGAAGAAAAUUAUCCAGUGCCUCCCAGACAAAGCUGCCACCCAAAGACAAGGCAUGCUCUUCUCCGCCACUAUCGCACCCCAUGUUGAGAAAGUCGCCCAUCUUGUGCUAUCUAAGGACUACAAGUUCAUCUCCACCAUCCCGGAAGGAGACGUCAACACACAUGAGCGGGUCCCGCAGGAGUUGAUCGUCGUUCCGGCCUUCUCAGAUGUAGCAGCCGCUCUCGUCGGUUCGCUGCGCGCGGAAAUUAAGCUCAGCGGCCCAGAGACCUUCAAAGGAAUCGUCUUUGCCCCAACCGCCGCUCUCGUUGAUUUCUACGGCGAGAUCCUCCAGAACCUGUCCGACAUGCCAGAAGUCAGCGUACUACACUCCCGUGUUAGCCAAAGCAAGCGCACAAGCGUCACAGACGCUUUCCGCGGAGCCAAGAAUGGGAUUCUCGUUGCUACAGACGUCGUGGCCCGUGGCAUGGACUUCCCGUUAGUCACCAACGUCAUCCAAGUCGGAGUGCCUUCCGACAAGGAGUCCUACAUCCAUCGCCUUGGGCGCACUGCCCGUGCCGGCGCCGAGGGCCGCGGCACAUUCAUCAUCACCGAAGCCGAGACGUUCUUCUCAAAGUGGAACUUGAAGGAUAUCACGUUCAACCAUAGCCCGGCCGAUCUGACAUCUAAGUCCGAGGUUCUCUCCAUCGCCGAGAAGAGAGAGAGCCACUCGAAGACGUACCAGGCGUGGAUGGGAUACUACAAGAACCACAUCAAGGGCCUGAAGUGGGAUAAUGAGGAGCUGGUCAGACAGGCGAAUCAAUUUGCGCGCGACGGAAUGGGAAGCCCCGACGUGCCUGGUGUCGCGAAGAGUACCAUCGGUAAGAUGGGGUUGAAGGGUGUCAAGGGGCUGAAUAUCGUGCCUGACCCGCCGCGGGUUCCCAGAGCAGGCGGUGGGGGGCGUGGGGGAGGAGAGGGCCGCUCGGGUGGAAGAGGAGGCCGUGGAAAUGCUGCGCCGGAUACGCGGCCACAAGAGCCAGUCUUCGAUGGUGGCUUCGGAUCUGGCUUUGGCGCCGGACGAGGGGGCCGAGGAGGCCGAGGAGGUGGGAGAGGUGGCGGCCGCGGUGGUGCCAGAACGGGUGGAUUUAAUUAA